AUGCGCAUGCUGAUAGGAAUCGACGGCUCUGACGCCAGCACCCACCUGGCGGAGUCAGCCAUCCGCGCCACCAAGGCCGGCCCAGACACAGAGGCCCACCUGGCGUGCGUGCUGCCCCCGCCGGUGGUGACCGUCCCGCCGUCGCCCGUCGCGACCGCCGCCGCGGUGUCGGCGGUGUUGGCUGCGCAGGAGCAGCAGCGGCGCGCGGACGAGGCGCGCGCGCGGCGGGCGCUGCAGGCGGCGGCCCAGGCCAGCAUCGCAGCCGGGCGUGCAGGACUCGCGGCGCGCGGCUGCGGUCGUGGCGGGGGCGCCGCAUAG